UGAAGUGAUCACAACAUGGAGAGAUCACAUGCUUCAGAUUCCAGAACUCCUAUGCAAGUUCAUAGUUGAAAGCACAUUUCCCAUUUGUCAGAGUGCUUCAUGUUAGGAGACCUGGUGAUACACUUGCUUUUUGCAGAGCUACUUCACCAUGUACAGGAAACACCAGUAUAAAUCUGAGGAGCAUUUUUAGCUAUUUCUCUCCAUGCAACUGAUUUUCAGUCUGCACCAAAUAUAUGAAUGCUUGAAUAGGCUGCUGGAGUGUGAGUUUCUGGAUUAUUUUCCUUUGAUCUGUUCAGUGGAUUUGCUAUAGAACUUUUAUUCCAAUUUUGUUGUGGAACAUUUGUCAUUAUGAGAUGUCGUCUACCAGUGCUUCAUUUGUGCAAAUUAAAUUCGAUGACUUGCAGUUCUUUGAAAACUGCGGUGGAGGGAGUUUUGGGAGUGUUUAUCGAGCCCGAUGGAUAUCACAGGAAAAAGAGGUGGCUGUGAAGAAGUUGCUGAAAAUAGAGAAAGAGGCAGAAAUACUCAGUGUGCUCAGUCACAAAAACAUCAUUCAGUUUUAUGGAGCUAUUCUUGAACCUCCUAAUUAUGGCAUUGUUACAGAAUAUGCUUCUGCUGGUUCAUUGUUUGAUUACAUUAAUAGCAACAAAAGCGAAGAGAUGGAUAUGGAUCACAUCAUGACCUGGGCAACUGAUAUAGCUAAAGGAAUGCACUAUUUACAUAUGGAAGCUCCAGUCAAAGUAAUACACAGAGAUCUGAAGUCCAGGAAUGUUGUUAUAGCUGCUGAUGGAGUUUUAAAGAUCUGUGAUUUUGGUGCCUCAAGGUUUCACUCCCAUACAACGCACAUGUCCUUAGUGGGCACCUUCCCUUGGAUGGCCCCAGAAGUUAUCCAGAGCCUUCCAGUAUCUGAAACAUGUGAUACAUAUUCAUAUGGUGUGGUUCUCUGGGAGAUGCUAACAAGGGAGGUCCCCUUUAAAGGCUUGGAAGGAUUACAAGUAGCUUGGCUUGUAGUGGAAAAAAACGAGAGAUUAACCAUUCCAAGCAGUUGUCCCAGAAGUUUUGCAGAACUGAUGCGUCAGUGUUGGGAUGCUGAUUCAAAGAAAAGGCUAUCUUUCAAGCAGAUCAUUUCAAUUCUGGAAUCCAUGUCAAAUGACAGAAACCUUCCAGACCAAUGUAACUCAUUCCUGCAUAACAAGGCUGAAUGGAGAUGUGAAAUUGAGGCAACUUUAGAGAGACUAAAGAAACUAGAGCGUGAUCUGAGCUUUAAAGAGCAGGAGCUAAAGGAACGGGAGAAACGUUUAAGAAUGUGGGAGCAGAAGUUAACAGAACAGUCCAAUACUCCUUUUUUCUUACCUAUUGCUGCAAGAAUGUCUGAGGAGUCUUACUUUGAAUCUAAAACAGAGGAGUCAAACAGUGCAGAGAUGUCAUGUCAGAUCACAGCAACAAGUAACGGGGAGGUUGCUGGCAUGAACCAAAGUCUGAAGGCCUUGAUGAUGACGGGCUUUGGGGAUAUCUUCUCUGUGAACCAAGCAGGAUCUGUCCUGCAUUCUGGAAUGCAGAUAAACAUGCAAGCCAAAAAGAAUUCUUCUAAAAGCACCUCUAUGAGAAGGGGGAAGAAAAUCAACAUGGCUGUGGGUUUCAGUGAAUUCGACUGGUCAGAUGAUGGUGAUCAUGACGACGAUGAUGAUUAUUUUGAUGAUUCAGAUGAUAGUAGUGAGUGAAAUCAGAAACCUAAUUGAAUCUAAAAUUUGUUUCUAGCAAAGCAAAACAAUCAUGUUUUAGAAAAGCUAUCCUGUCAUUUUGGUCCGUUUAAAUCCUGUAAAAGAAACAAAGGCAAUAGCACUCUGUUUUCUAGGCCAGUCAUAUUUGUAUGUAAAAAUACAUGUUAUUUUUGUGUUUGCCUGUUUCUGCUUUGCUGAAAUUUGGAACUAAACUUUCAAAACAAGUUGAGAUAUAGUGUUUUUACCCAACUUUUAUAGUGUUAGCUGCAAUCCUGGGUGCCUGAUUACAGAAACUAUGGCUCAAUAUAUUUAAGAUUAAAAAACACUGGGGGAAACUUUUAAUACCUAUCAUUUUUAAAAAGACAUUCAUUACUUUUCUUUGUGUUGCUAUAGUUUUACUCACCAAUUUUAUUGUUGAACAUAUUAAUAUAUUUGUACUUCCACACAGGUUUUACCUAUAAAAUCCAUUCUUUCUCAUUCAUGCACCUUUUCCUGUAUUUGUGAUUUCUCAGUCAUUCUCAAGGCUGUAUUCUGUGAUAUAAUAAAUAUAUUGCUACGGUGGCAAAGCUUGAUUGAGAGAAAUAAAGUUGUAAUUUAAACACACACUGUAAGAACAGUAACUGUAUCCAGAAAAUCACUGGUAAUAGAUCAUUUGUAACAGUGUUUUUUGGGAUUUUUUUUAAGUAUGAAAUUCACUCUUUAGCGCAGUCGAUUACAAUCAGAUCUCAGCAUCUAAGAGCAGAUAUUAUAAUCUACAUGCGCAUUUUUUGUUAUACUGGAGGCCUCAUUAACUUUGUUGGCCUUGCUCUGGAUGUAUUGCAUUGUAGCUAAGCAAAAUUUGGUCUCAGGUUACUUACAGCAAUUUUUUACUAUACUGUAUCUGUUAGACCACUUAUCAUUGUCUUUCAUACAAAAGGAGAGAGAGAGUGAGCAAGAGAGACUUUAAAAGGGACGCUGUAAACUUGUUUCGGCUCUCCUUCUGUGGGUUGAGUUAAAGUUUGGAGGAUGAUAUAAGGAAUGUUUGCUAGAUUUCCAAUAUCUGUCUUUCUGCAGUAAAAUAAUUUUUAACUUAUUGUCGCUGUUAUGCAUCAUUCUAAAAUUCAGAAUGUAAGUAUCUGUUGCAGUAAAUAAACUUGACACUCACUGUAUUCAGAGCAGUAUUUAUAUUUUCCUGAUGACCUCUUUACUGGUAAUGCAGAAAGAGAGAGGGAAACCAAGGCAGUUGCACACAGGUGCAGGAGAAAGUGACACUUUAAAAUGGUUGCCCAAAGAAGGGGAAAAUGAUUACUGUUUAGCUUAGAUGUAGUACAGUGAAUAGUCAAAAAUUCGAUUUACAAUGUUAUUAGUAUCUCUGUUAUGAAAACUAGUUUGAAAGGCUAUUUUUAAUUAUAGAGCCGAUUAUUCCAUCCUCAGACUAAUAUAAUGACAGUUACUUUUAUCUAAAUAUCUUAGUUAGAAAUUAAUACAUAGAUGACAGCAGAUUUGAAAGGAGAUCUCUUAAUUGUAUGGAACAUUGUGUGCUGUGUUUGGAAAUACAAGAAAAAACUCUUGGGGAAUUAAAAAAAAAAAAAGCCUUAUAGAGUGACAGGACUAAUUUUUGAGUUGUGGGAGGUAACUAGCUUCAGGCUUUGAGGUCCAGUACCAUUCUGAUAACCUGUGAAGCACUGAGGGCAUUGAAUUGCCCUUGAAUUCAGUUAUAGCUUAAGGUGCACAGCACCUCACAGAACUAGGCCUUCAAAAUGUGUAAAAUCUGUAGAAUCUGACCCUGAUUCUGCCCUCUUCCUAGCUGAUGCAAAUGCAUUGGGUUGAUAUCAAUCCUCUGGUAUCCAGGGCAUUUUUUCAUACUGGCAAGAACUUAUAAUUUAAAUGUUGAACGGUACACUCAUUUUUUAUUGGAAAAAUUUACUGUGUCUAGUUGAAGUGAAGUUUGCUCCUACACUGUCAGUGAUAGAAACUUAGACAUUUAGAAACUUCCCAGAAAGUGACUUAGCAGGAUGGGAGGGGCUGAUAACCAAAAAGGACAGAAUUUCAAAGAAAUACUAGAAAACGGACUACUUCUAAUACAGAUGUAUAUGCUUUUGUCCGUCCACACAUGCAAAUGGCUACUGCAGCAAUAUUAUUUUUGUAAUAUCCACAUAUGCACACAGGAAAAAUAGAAAGAUUUGUGAACUAUGUGGUUUACAAUUGCACAGAUCUAACUGAAAUCAAAAUUUGUCCCAGUGUACUGAGCAAUUAAAUGCAGAAAUAUCUCUUCUAAAUACUGAUAUUUCUCAUUUUCUUUGCAUCUGGUAAUCCAAAGCAGGUUAUAUACCCUAAUACAUAUAGAUAUUAAUGAGACUUGAAGAUCCACUCUUUGGUUUAGUUUUAGCCUAAUAAAAUUUUUCUUCCAUUAAUAUGUUAUGCAGGUAUUAUUUUUCUUUAAUAAAACAAGCAAAAUCAACUCUGUCCUCUAAUUAUAGGAUCAUAGGAAAAUAGGGCUGGAAGGGACCUUAUGAGGUCAUUGAGUCCAACGCCCUGCUCAAGGUAGAAAAUAUUCUCAUACCUCUCCCAUUAAAGUGGAUCUGAGUUGCUUGAGUAUAAUAAAUUUUAGAUGAUAUACAGAGAUCAGAGCUAGUUAAAAAAUUUAAAAUUUGGAUUUUUUUUAAUGAAACAGGGAUAAAAUUUGGCUAAUUGCUUCCAUUUGAAAGCAGGUAAUGUAUCAGAAUUGUAGUGAAAUAAAGACCCACUAAGGUAAAGUCUGUUAUUGGCCUUUCCUGUUUAUGGUCUUUUUAUUUAGAAUCACUGUGCUUAACAAGUCAAUUUUUUAUUCUUCUCCAAUGACUGUUCAGUUCAACUAAAAACUGAGAUUGGAUUAUCAAGCUGUGCUUUGUCUUCAUCUAACAGCCUUGCUAGAUAACAGAUUCUAAAAACAGUAUUUGGUUGCCAGUUCUGUUGAUAUGGAGGCAGAUCUGAAUCCAGUUAGAUCUUCUGUAGUUAUUUUUUGCUCUACAGUGAGCAUUUUUUUUUCCCCUCUAUCGAGAUGUCUAACCAUCAUAGUGUCUGGAUGCUAGUAACAGUCAGUAGUUCUAUAUACUGACAUGUUUUCAGAACAAUAACCAAAAUUUUAAUAAGGAAUCUUCUGAGAGCCUUGUGAGGUAGGUAAAAUAAAUUGUUGUUACCCUACUUGAAGACAGGGAAACUGGUACAUAGAAGGGCCAAAUUGAAAUGACUUAGUUCUUAGACAUUAUACGUAAACUAACACUGAAACAGGCAGAUUGCCUGAAUAAGGAACUCGGAGUUUAGUUCUUUGACUUGCCCAAAUUUAUGGAGUGAGCUAGGGCUGGAACCUAGUAUUUCCUGACUCAUAACACCAUUCUCAUGUCUUCAGAAGUAGAAAAGGUUCAGGAAAUAGGUUGAACUUGACUGUUUGAAUCUAAUCACUUUCAUAACUUAACACUGCAAAUGUUUUAGAAUUGAAACUGCUUUGAGGUAUAAUGCUUAUUAGAUGCUGAGGACUUCAUUUUAAUCCAUUUUAUGUAAUUUGUGGGGUGUUUGGGAUAUGCUUAAUCAGUAGGCCAGAUUUGUUUACUGCAACUGAAGUACUUGGAGUUAGUCUCCCUAGAGGCAGAGUUUUUCUGAGAUAUGAACUGUGACAUAGCUCCUUGGCACAUGGUUGUGUUCUUGAGUUUUUUGUCCUUCAUUUAUCAUUUGAAGUUUUUGUUAGAUACUGAUUUUGUUUCAUUGUAGCUCUUAAAACAAUUAUUCUCAAAUAAAUACUGAAACAUUAAUGAUUUAUAUAGUAAGCAGCAGCAGUAGAUUUACACCAUGCAUGUCAUGCAAAUGAAUAGCAAAGUUACUGUACUUUUUUAGUACUGUAGUUCCUUCCUUUCUGUAAUCAGGCAGCUUUUACAGGUUUUUAGCUAGACCUUUAACUUGGCAGAGGUUUAACUACUAUUCAGGAUAGAAUCUGUUUUCUUAUUCCAAAUUUCAUGUAGCAAAUCAAGAUCAUAGGACAUGUGAUAAUUUUUAUAGUCUUUUGAAUCUACCAGCAGAAAUUUGGAGAUAGAUGCAUUUUCUUUUUUCCCCAGAUUUCAACUAAGUGUAUACUAUGAAGUUACAUAGAGCUUUCUGAUGUAUGAAAAUUAAUUUCAGAACUGUAGUACCAGCAACAUACCUUAAUUAAACCUUUUGUAUUGCGUGCAAAAUAUUUUAAUGCCUUUUAAAGUCUGAUGUAGUUCACUGCAUUUUUUGCUUUUGCACAACUGAAAAUGUUUUGUACUAAGUAAUAGGAAAUUAUGCUAUUUAUAUACCAAGUGUGACAGACGAAACAUGAAUAGAAAUUAUUUUCACAGAAUUAGGAAAUGUCAUCCUCCCUUCUGAAAAAUAACGCUGAGCAAAGCCUGUGUCCAAGCACUUAUGGCAUAAACUGAAUAUAUAAUGUGUAUGGAACAUGCAGUUUUACAACCUUGUGUGAAAAGGUCUUUUAGAGUCACUUAUUUUCUUUACUGCACUUGACAUAUGAUGUCCUCUUUAGUCACAAUAUGAAUUUGAGUUUCCAGAUUAAAAAAAAAAAGAAUAUGCAAUGUUCUCUGUUUUCAAUUGGUGUCAGAAAUUUUAUUUUGAUGUGAACUUUUUCUUCUGCUUCUUUUUGUUCCAAACUUCCAUUUUGCAAUAAACAUUUUGACAGUAA